AUCCAUUGUCGCUACCAUGUCGCAAUGCCUGUUUCAAUCCCAGCCGCACAUGGCAAAUCACCUCCCCGGUCCAGCAGUAUGCAAGAGUCGGAGAAGAGCAGGGAGAGGCACUCGUGCGCAGGAUGCAUUCGACGGAAGAGUAUAGAACUGUCUUGAGAAAGAGGGGGAACUCGGCCAUACUGUUUGGACUGGAAAGGGAAACUGCGGUCUGAUGGCUGGGGAGACGGAGCGGCACACGCACAUGGGCGAUAUGGACUCAAAAUUGCCUUCGUACUGUCAGAGCAAUGCUGACUUUCGCAGCUUCCAAUACAUCAUCCGUUUGUUGAACACAAACGUCGAUGGCAAGCAGAAGGUCAUGUACGCCUUGACCAAGAUCACGGGUGUCGGUCGCCGAUACUCCAACUUGGUCUGCAAGAAGGCCGAUGUUGAUCUCACCAAGCGCGCCGGUGACCUCACCUCCGAAGAGCUCGAGCGCAUCGUCACCAUCAUCCAGAACCCCCUCCAGUACAAGAUCCCCACCUGGUUCCUCAACAGGCAGCGCGACAUUGUCGAUGGCAAGAACAGCCAGAUCCUGGCCAACGGUGUUGCCUCCAAGCUCCGUGAAGACCUUGAGCGCCUGAAGAAGAUCCGUGCUCACCGUGGUCUCCGCCACUACUGGGGUCUCCGUGUGCGCGGUCAGCACUCCAAGACGACCGGUCGCCGCGGUCGAACCGUCGGUGUGUCCAAGAAGAAGGGAUAAAGGUUUUCGCUUGCGCUGGGCAGCUGGGGCUGGAACACGCCUUUACGAAAUGGGUGGUGCACUUACGGUGUUUAUCAAAGGCUUUCAUUGGCUUUCACGUUUACACUUCAUGCGGCAAUGCACGAUAUGGGGUGAAAUGAUGCGGCACGGUUAGGGUUGGCCGAAUACAGCCUGUACCAAAAUCACACAUUCAAAUUUCGACUUGUUCCAAGAAUGGUUUGACGCAUCGUAUCGACUGCCGAUAGGCAGAGUUGCAUCACGAUGCUCGCUUUGCGGCGCUCGGCCCGGCUAGUGAUUGACAAAUGAAGACGAUGGUCGGCUGUGUGGCCACACCAUACUCACCACGU